UAACGCAAGAAAUUUGCUGAUACGAAUUAGUACCUGAUUGAUGAAUUAUAUUAUCCCAUGAAAGUAAUUUAGGUUUUGAGUUGUUCUCUAAAUUUGUUUUUUCGAAUGUUUGCAAGCAAAGAAAAUGCUCCAUUAUUCGCAUCCCCAUGUAAGAAUGCAGUAAGAACAUUCCCUAGAACUGCACCAGCAACGACUUUGUUGACAAUUUAAUUAUAAGUUAGGUUAAAGCUUUCACAGAUAUUCUAUGAAUACUUUUUCUACAAAGUUAAAAUCAAUAAAUUAAUUUUGUAUAGGGCUUUUUUUCAAUUUUUCUCAGCUUGUUAAUCAAAAAAUUUUACGGUUGUAAAAAUGAGCAUCUUGAAUCACAGUGUUAAAAGAAUUAUUUGUUGCAAAAGACUCCACUAUAAGGCAUUUAAUUACCAGUUUCCUGGUAAUCACCAGUUUAAAAUCUCAUAUUGUUUGGCAAGUUGUAGUUUUCUAACCACUCGACAUUUUUCUUGGACUGGAUUUUAUUCAGCUUUAUCUCAAUCAACUCCUGUUUUAUCAUUUCAAAACCUUUUACUAGAAGUACAUGAAAUAACUAGUUUGCCAUGGUGGGCUGUUAUAAUGCUUACUACAUUAGGUAUUAGAUCUAUUAUUGUAUUUCCUUUGAGUGUUCAUCAAAAUCAAGUUAUGGCAAGGUUGAUGAAUAUAAACGCUGGUUUGGGUGCGAAAGCAACUCAAUUGAAUGAAGAAGUGAAUAUAGCAAGGAGAAUGUAUAACUGGAAUGAGGAACAAGCUAAAAAAGUUUUCAGAAGACAAAUGAAAAAGAUUUAUCAAGACUCUGUGAUACGUGAUAACUGUCAUCCUUUCAAAGCUACACUUCUUGUUUUGAUCCAAGUUCCUGUAUGGAUCUGUUUUUCAGUGUCUCUGAGAAAUUUAACAAUGGCUUCAAGCAUGUUUAAUUCUGGUUUUGAUUCUUUAUAUGCCAGUUUUAAAACUGAAGGUGUUCUAUGGUUCCCUGAUUUAACUUGUCCUGAUCCAAUAUUCAUACCAUUACUACUUUUGCUUGUGAAUGGUUCUCUUAUUGAAAUACAUGCUAUGAGACAAAUUGGAAAAGGAUCUCUUUUUCAAAAAGUUAUGCUCAAUAGUUCCAGAUUAAUUACAAUUAUUGUGGCUUUAGCUGCAUCCAUAAAUCCUUCUUCUGUCACUUUUUACUGGCUUUGUUCAAGCUCAAUUGGUCUUUGUCAAAAUGUGCUCUUAAUGGCUCCCCGAGUUAGGAGUAUUUUAAAUAUACCCAAAACAGGUCAUGAAAGUGCAACACCAUUUUUGGACCUUGCUGCAAAUUUGAGGAAGCGAUUUAAAAUUUGAAUGUUUUGUUUCUCUAGACCUUGGGAAUCCUUUUUUGUUUUUACUUAGUUGUGUAAAUCUAUAUUUAGAAUUUUUUUGAUCAAUUAUUUAUUUGUUACCAUAUUUUAAAUAAAUAUUUCAAAUUUAGUAGAAUUUAUUGAUGGUUUUUGAUACUUGAUUGCCUCAAUUUUA